AUGGCGACGUCACUUAUUGUGCCUGUCGCUUACAUCAGUGUGAUGGUAACGGCUUUAGCUAUCUUUUCGAGAGUUUAUAGGAGGAGAAGAGCUGCCGAAAAAAUAUCCUUCGAACCCUGGUUUCCCGCUCAUCCAUCUCGAGAAAUUUAUAUAUCCCUCUUAUCUUCAUCUACCGAUAUACCGGACUCUUUACUCAAAUCAGCUCUGUUAGUGCGGGCCGUUACAGAUGUAAAGAGGAUAUGGAGAUUAAGGGAUGAUAAGAUCGCUUUAACCCAAUUACAUCAAAGAGGAUUAAUAGGAGAUGACACAAUGUCAAGAUUCGCUGCUGCUGAAAAAGAAUUAGAAGCCGAAAUAGUGGAUGUCGUAUCUGAAGCAAAUACUUUCAGGCAAGGUUGGGGACAAUUGAUUUUCGCUACUGCGACUGAAAUGGCACAAGCCGAAAAAACAAGAGAAACAGUUAUGAAUAUACCUAAACUCAAAGUUCAAGAAGAACAACGUAUCGCACUACGAAACAAAUACCUGCCAGGCUCUGUCCCGCCACCACUCAUUCAGCAAGUUCCUCAACCCCCUCAAUCUGUUUCAGCGGCUGCGACACCCUCCCCUCCAGCUCAGCAAACUGGUAAAGUGGCUACGCCUCAAAAAGUUCCUUCCGCAUCUGCAUCACCGGCUUUUGCUUCAGAAGAGACCGUGGGUGGAGGAAGUAACGGUUCAUCAAACACUGGUUCACCUGCCUUAGGCAGCGGUGGUAGUGGACCGAAUUCAGGUAAUGUUAGUACCGCCAGUACCCCUUCCAAGUCGUCAGCAAAGAAAAAGGGGAAGAAGAAGUAG